AAACAAAUUAUAAUAUAAGUAGGUAAUAGGUAAUAAUUAUAAUAUAAGUAGGUAUUUGGAAUAAACUUACGAUUUAACAGAUUUGUUAAAAAAAAAAAAAUUUUUAAAUAGUCCCGGGAUGGACAUUAUUUUGCAUAAACUUAAAAUCUAAAAGCAAUAAAACAGUAAUGUUGUAUAAUUUGAUAAGUUUGUGUUGCCACAUUUUUCACUAUAAAAGUACGACUGCUACUUGAUCAUUAUACACUAGUAUAUCCGUGUAGAAUUCUAAUGCGUUGUCGGCCGCGAUGAUAAAAUAGCAUUGAGAAUGAAAGACGAAACAAAGCGAAUUGUAAAUAAAUAAGAAAUCAUUAAGAAAAAAUAUAAAAAGAACUAAACAAAAACCUAAAAUAAUACUUCUCCCAUUACCUCUCAGAAUCCUAACUCAUGAUAAAGCCAAUUCUCCCUUCGCAAGCACACAUAAAGAUUCGUAUAACAAAGUUUUAUAUGCAUCCAUCCUGAUUGUGAAAUAUCAAGAGAUUAUUGAAAAUUAAUUUUGGGGUUUAAUAAGAACUAAUUAUUUCUGUGUACAUGUAGUGUAAUAUUAAUAAAUAUAUGAAUAUUUCUAAGCAAAACAUGGUCAAACUUAUUGUAAACUUUAAAUUAUGCUUAUCAUUAUUUUUAUCAUUAUUUAUUUGGUGUUUUGAAUUUGAUUUUUUAAAAUAACAUGGCAACACUCGCAAUAUCUCUCAUAUGGACAUCUCUGUUUUACUUGCGGAUAGCAGGGCCAUUGAGUAGAGCCGCCAUUUUGUUAAUGUGUGCGCGAACAUGGUCGUGGCAUUACAAUGAUAGUUGCGAUAGUGGUCAGAUAAAUAAUAUCAAAUAUGUGUUAAAUUCUUGUAUUAUGAAUGUGCGAUAUUAUUGUCAAUAAUAUUACAAAAUAAUAUAAUUACAAAUGUUACAGAAAUAUGAAAUUGUGAAAAAUAUUGUAAGCUUUUGUCUCGCUCUGUUAAUAUUUCGGUUCGAUUUUCUCUCGGGUGAGUUCGUAUGCGUGAGUGCAUUUCUAAUUCGUCGUGAUUUUUCGCAGCUCGUUACAAUGUACAAUGUUAAAGUUUUGUAUGAUACAUUUUGUAUAAAAGUUUAUUCAAGUUGGUGCAUAUUUUUAUAAAUAAAAACAUUUCUCCGAUAUUAACGCAUAUUUUAAUGUGUAUAAAUUGUCUAAAUAUGGGGUAAUUGUUUGUAUAAAUCACAAUUAAAUAUUCGCUGCAACUCGCUGAAUUAUUCUCAUACGAUUCAGAAGCGGUGUAACUGUAUAUGUUCAACGAGUAUAAUGUGCAUAGAAAUUCGCUUUAUUAUUGUACUCGCUAUUAACUUAUUUAUGUCAAAAUCGAAAAAGCUAGAUAGUGAAAUUGAAAUGUGACAAAAUAUUAAAAUACGUUAGAAGAGUGCGACUAUAAUUAUUGUUUGCGUGUGAAUGUUGCACAGGCAUAAUCGUUGCAUAUUACUCAUAUACUGUCUCUUUUAGCCAUCGGGCUACAUUCUUCAUCAACCGAGUACAGACGAAGUUUGUAUCAAUUUCCUACACUUGCUUUUCGAUAAAAAGUGAUGCCAAUACUUUCUGUGUAACAGGGAAUUCUUGUUGUGUAAAGUUAGGAGCGUGUGUAAAAUAAAUGAAAUUAUGUGUUUUAGUUUUACGGCAGUGUUUUGAAAAUUUUUGCUUUGCGAAAAAGUAAAUAAUUUGUGUGUAAACAUAGAAUGGGCAAUAAAAGCUUUUGUUCAUAUAAUGUAAAAUGUUUAUAUAAAAAUCCCUCUAUAACUUUAGUUGGGACCAAUUGAUUUGUGUAUACAUCACUUUACUCGCGGUGUUCGCUGACUCUCGCAAAUCGCACUCGACUCUUUUAAUUUUAGUCUUUCUUCCUAGUUCUGUCGUUACUCGUUCGCGAAAUCAGUUGAGUUUUUGCUGGUGCGGAGCAAACGGACUGAAUAUUUGUUAUAAUAUUGCGAAAAGAUUUUAAAAAAUUGUCAAAAAUUGAAAAAAAAUUCAAAAAGUAAUUGAGUGAAAUUCAAAAUAAUAAAAAAUUAUGAACUUAAAUUGAAAAUAAAUUGCGCGGACAAAAGCAAUGUUUUUAAUAAAUAUCUGAAGUGAGAAAAUGAUGCAAAAUUUUUUUGAAAUUUAAUUAAAAUUUUUCUAUAAUUUCGUAUAUUUUUGUAAAAUUUGUUGAAUUUUUCUUAAAAUAAAAUUGAAUAAAACAAAAAAUCUGCAAAUAGAAAUUUUCGAUACGACGUGAAAACUAGCGACAAAAAAUUUCAGUCAUUGCUUGUCUGUUUUUCUUUCUUUUUCUAAUACUGCUCACACUCGUUGCUUGAGGUGGUCGUCUUGCAAGUGUAGUAGUAUAAGCAACACACUCAAACUUUGCGUUUCGUAUACCGCAACGGGAGCGAUUUGUUCGGCUUGUGGUAGCAGGGCUCUGACGAGCAAGCACAGUCUUGUAAAACAAAAGUCCGUCAGUAGAAAAGUAACGAGUAGUGAAGAAAGAAUCAAACGAGUUAUAUAGGCAAAAUCAACGAAUUUUUGGAAAUAAGUUUGUUCUUGUCGCGCACUAAAAUGGCAACAACUCUGGCUAUCUGACCAAAGAGUGAAACAAAAAUUAUAUGCAUACGGUCUCACUAGUCUCAAAUUAGUGGCCGCAUAUACGAAAGAAUGACACGAAUGUAUUAGCGGGCGGUCGGUUGAUAUAAAAUAAGAACGAUUCGAAGAGAAAAUUAAUGAUAUUUGCCAUUUGUGAUCAUUGUGGCUUGACAAAUUUAAAGGAAUUUGUUAAUCAACAUCACUGCCAUUUAUUUACUCCUGAAACGUAUAUAAAUUUUUAAUAAAUAGGAAAACUUAUAAUGACAAUCUUUAUGAGAAAUAUGGAAGAGCUAACAAUGUUGUCAAGUAACUUACUUUUCUCUCAAUUGUUGAUGUGCAAUUAAAUAUCGCUAUAUUCUUGGAGUUUUUUAUUGCAUUGCAAAAAAGGCGCAAAAACCUUGCCAACAAAAGCAAUGUUUGAUUCAAAAGAUGUUGGUGGUGAUAAACGUCGGCGUUUAAAAAUGUUGUUCCAACAAACAGUGGUAAAGCAGGAAUGUGUCAAGUGCCAAUAAACGAUUGAAAAUAUAAAAUGAUCUUAACUUUUAUUCACUUACACUUACAAUUUGUUUCAAAAACUCUUAAAGAACAAUUAUCUUACACUGAAGAAACUAAGAGGUAUAUUACGAAGCGGAAUAAAUAACCGAAACCACUCGGUCCACAUUUAUAACUUCUAACACAAAAUGCACUCAAUCGCUGUCGGCAACAACGCUUUAACUCAGUUGAAACAUUUUUUAAUUGUGCGAAAGCGAUUUCAAAGAGUGCAACCUCAUAUAAACAAACUUCAAACUUGGAAAGUUUUGACCUUUUCUGCUAAUGUCAACACAGCCGCUGCAGCUCAAGUAAAAGCAUCAGUGUCGAGUGAUCGUGUUUUUAAAGUUAAUAAACCAUUUCCGGAAAGCAAUUUUUUUCCUUCCGCCGAUUGAAUUAAAACUUUCAAAUUUUUUAAUUUUUAUAUAAUUUCGUCGUUAUUAAGAUAUUCAGAAUAAACUUUGAUAUUGCACUUCAAAGUUUCUGAUUUUAAAACAAACAACAAAAUCAUAAAUUAUCAAGUGAUAUCGGCGUAAAGUUGUACGAGUUUACGCAUAUUUAAUACCAAAAUAGAGAUCAUAACAAAGAAGUCUCAAUGAUGGCUGAUCAUAUGGAUGAACCACCGCAGAAGCGGACUAAAAUGGAUCCAACGGAUUACGUUUCAGUUUUAGAAGAUGAUUUACCGGAUGAAUUAGUUACUGGUAAUAGUAAUUGGCCAGACCCUCUUGGCGGUGGCGGUGGGCCAGCAGGUUCAGGCGCAGGUCUUGGUGUCAAUGUAGUCGGUGGAACCAACAAACCCCCUGCACAAGGUCCUGGCCCAGGUGGACCACAAAUGAAUGGCGCGAGCGAUGAUAACACAGGCGGAAACCAAGGUGGUCCCGGCAAUCCAUUACGUCAAAUGCAACAUCAUCAACAUCUGCAACAGUUAUUGCAACAACAAGGUAAUAAAAAUACAGGAAUGAUCGGUAACCCAAUGGGCACAGCUGGUAUGAAUCAGUUAGGAAGUAAAUCGCCUAACUUGCAGUCACCAAACGCAGCAGGCAUGCAAGUAGUUGGUGGUCAAAUGGGUAUGGUUAACUCAAUGUCAAUGUCGAUUUCCAACAACGGAACUGGAAUGAAUACAAUGCCUGGCAUGAACACGAUUGCUCAAGGGAAUAUAGGUGGUAUGGUGAUUACCAAUAGCAAUUUGGGUGGUUUGGGUGGCGGUGCAGGUAUGGUAAAUACAUUAAAACAACAAAUAGGUGCAGGUGCCGGAGGUAUAAUGAAUGCUGGACCUGGUGGAGUGGGACCCGUUGGAAAUAUGGGUCCUGUUGGUGGAGCGAAUCAGGGCAUGCAUUUAGGUGGCGGGCCUGGUCAUCCGCAGAGUUUACAAAAUGGUCCGAUGAUGGGUAGAAUGGUUGGCCAACAUCUGCUUCGUGGCCCCAAUCCCCAUUUAAUGUCUGGCAACGGGCCUGGCGUUGGUCCAGGCGGUGGUCCGCGAAUGCAGAAUCCAAAUAUGCAAAUGGCUCAACGAACAGAUGUGUUAAACGGUAAUCUUACAUACGGUGGUCCAGGUCAAAUGGCAAAUAUGGUUGGUGGUAAUGUAGCUGUCGGACCAAAUGGACCCUAUGGAAAUGCGGUGGGAGGUGUUGGAAAUUAUGGUGGUCCUGGUGGACCCCAGGGUGGACUUAAUGUAAAUCCGAAUAAUCCACAACAGCAACUUUUGGCGCAGCAAAUGGCACCACGCGGCGGUGUUCACCCUAUGCAACACGGCAACCGACCUGGUGUACCCAUUGGAAUGGCUGGUGUUGGUAAUGAUGGAACACUUCAGGGUCUGGUGGGUGGUCCGCAACAACAACAGCCACAAUCAAUGGGUCCAAACCAACCACAAAGUGCGCAAGGUGGUGUCAUGGGAGGACCUCGACCGCCGCAACCUGUUGGCCCACGCCAAAAUCAAAUCAUUCAUCAGCAGCACCAGCAACCACUUCAACUUCCUGCUACCGCCCAACUUCCUGGUGGUGGUACUGCUGGCGGAAGUAGCGGUGGAAGCACAGGCAGUGGAUCUAGUGGUGGCGGUCAACACCUUUCUGAAGAGAGGAAAAAGCACAUACAACAACAAUUGGUGCUCCUCUUGCAUGCGCAUAAGUGCAAUCGGCGAGAAUCUCUGAACCCUAACCGUGAAAAAUGCAUAGUUCCCUAUUGUAAAUCUAUGCAAGAUGUGCUGGCGCAUAUGGCGAACUGUAAACAGAGCAAAGAAUGCAGCGUUCAGCAUUGCACCUCGUCUCGCCAAAUUUUGUUGCAUUAUAAGACUUGCACACGUUCGGAUUGUAUUAUUUGUUUUCCUUUUCGCCAGCAACAGAGUUUCCACAAUAACGCAAGUGGAGCUAAUGCGAAUACAAACACUAACCAGCCGUUACAGGGUAUUGUAAAACAGCAACAGCCGACAGAUGGAACUUCCGUAGGGGGUGGUGGUCCGCAAAAUUCUGGGAUACCACCGCAGAAUACUGGUGGAUCGAAUAUUAUUGCUGGAACCGGUGGUCAAGUUGGAAUGACAGGUGGUCCAAAUCAACAACUAGGCAUGAAGUCUAAUGUGGACAUGUCUCAACAAAUGCAACCACACAACACACAGAACCAAAAUCAGGAAAUUCGACGGUUUGAUAGUUUGGGAAUGCAAGGAGCAGUUUCCAACACCGGACCUGGAGCUAACAUGCUGCAAAAUAAUGCAGUCAAUACACAACAACUACAAGACAUUCGUAUGCCGGGAGGCGGACCGGCUGUGCGAGUAUUGUCAGCUCAGGUUGGUGCACCCGGAGGUGGCAUUGGAGGUGGCGGACCAAAUUCAAAUACAAUCAUGGCCAAUAAUAUGAUGAUUGGUGGAGCUGGAGGACCAGAUAACGGCAUGCAACAGCAAACCCAAAAUGUUCAACAACAUGUGCUUUUACAGAGCGGAAGUAGCGGCGGUCAUAACAACCCACAAUUAGCUGGUUUAAUCGGCGGUUCCAACACCAACAAUACUGGUCAAAAUCAACAAAAUGCUGGACCACAAUCACAGCAACCAAACAUUCCUCUAUCAGUUAACGUUCAUAAUAUUAAUAACAAUUCGGCUUUUAAUAAUGCACAGUUAGGUGCUAAUAACGCUGGAAACUCCGCUGACAUGGGGGGAACUGCGGGAAAUGGACCACCACCUAACAAGCAGAGGAAAAUGCUGCCGUAUAAUGUCCAGAUUAGGCAUGAUAAUUCAACUGCAGUAAGUGGCGCAGCUGGAGGAGUCGCUGGCGGUAAUAACAAUUCUGGUACACCGGGUGGUGCUGGUGCAGCAACUGUAAAUUCUAGUAGCUUGGUGGGAGCUCAAAGUAAUAACUCAUCCAGUGGGGGUGCAACCACUUCACAGGGCGGUAAUGGCAGCGCAAGCAAUAGUGCUGUUACUGAAGAAAGAGACUGGCGUGAAUCGGUGACUGCUGAUCUACGAAAACACCUUGUCCAUAAACUUGUGCAAGCGAUAUUCCCAACGUCGGAUCCUACAACCAUGGCUGAUAAACGUAUGGCCAAUUUGGUUUCUUACGCUGAAAAAGUUGAGAAAGAUAUGUAUGAGGCAGCCAAGUCUCGAUCGGAAUAUUACCAUCUACUGGCUGAAAAAAUCUACAAGAUACAAAAGGAGUUAGAAGAAAAACGCAUCAAACGAAAAGAACAGCAAAUGUUAAUAAUGCAACAACAGCAAGGAUCCGGUGGAGGAGCAGGUUCCGGUGCCGGGCAAGGACCAAGCCCAAGUAAUGCAGUGCCAGUUGGUCAACAACUUCGUCCUGGACAUCCCCAACCGCUAAUAAGGCCAAUAGGUGUCAGUGGAGGCCAAGGUAUGCCGUUAGGUGUUGCUGGAAUGAUGCAACCAGUUAUGCCAGGACAAGCCCCCGUUGGUAAUGUGGGUAUGUUGCCUGGACAAGCAGGUCAAAAUAUGGUAGGAAUACGUGGUCACUCUCCCGGAGGAAAUUUGCUAGCUUUGCAUCAACAGCAACCCAAUCAUAGAUUGCAGUUUCCACCACAGCAUCAAGGCAAUUUAUUGGUUGGUCCGCCAGGACCUAGUCCAAACAGUGGCAUGGGGGUAAUGCCAACAUCUACAUCACAAAGUAUUGUCGUACCAAGUCCGGUGUUAUCUCCCUACGGUGUUCAAGUAAUUCCAGCUAGUCAAGUAAGCGCCGGUGGUGUGUUGACAAGUCCUGUUUCAGGACAACAACAACAAUUUAUCACGGCCAAUGGCGGCAAUAGUUCACAAUCUGCGCAACAACUUUCCGAAAUUAUGAAGCAAAGGCUUUUGCAAGCACAGCAGCACCAGACUAAUAUGUUGCCACAAUCUCCAUUUAAUAAUCCUGCUUCUCAUAUGCAACAACAACAGCAACAACCACAACAACAGCCUCAGCAGCAACAACCACAAAAUCCUUUUCCUUCGCCAAUGUCACAACAACAGCAGCAACCGAAACAAAAUGUGGGCUCAGUGGGAAACAUGCCACCGACUCCUACUAGUCUUGAGUCAUUAGUCGGUGGGAAUUCGGUAGGUGCGAAUAGCACAACUGGCGUCCCCUCAACAGGUGUCAUGGUAGCCGCGCCUAGUCCCUCGCCCAAUUUCGUCUCGAAUGGUCCAAUAGGAACACCUUCCAACAAUCCACCAUCAGUAACUUCGCUUAUGCAGCCCCUGAGCGAACGAGCAAGCAGUACUCCUCCCAUUAUGGCACCGUCCCCGGCAUCGGCAUCAUCUGGAACGACCCUAUCGGUGAAUGCUAGUACAGCGUCCAGUAACGUAGGUGUGCCAAUGAGCAGUACUGGAACUACAAUGACGACAACUGCGUCAUCUUCCAAUACUCAGUUGUCAGCGAAACCGAAUGCCAUUAAUACAAAUAAUAAUGGUCCUAUUCUGGCACAGAAACAACAGCAGCAACAACAUCUAUCGAUGGGUAAAGGUGGCAACAGCAAUAGUAGUAAUAGUGUCAAUGUAGCGGCCACAACUACUACUACAUCGACUGUGAUGAGUUCACGUCCUACAUCAAUCAGUAAUCUUUCAUCACAAAUGGCGGCGCUUGAAGCAGCUGCUCGUGAUAAUGAUGAAACUCCACCCUCACCAAGUGCCGAUUCCGGUGGUGAAAGCGGUAACGCUUCCAAAGGCAAAUUGGAUUCCAUUAAGCAAGAAGAUGAAAUUAAGAAAGAGUACAUGGAAGAUGGAAGCGGUGGUGCUGGAGAUAAUUCUCAAAUGGACACACAAUCUUCGGCCGGUGUAGGUAAAAAUGUUAAUAAUGACGGUACCAACAUGAAAGUGGAAAUCAAGACUGAAGACGGAGAUGGCAUUAUAAAAAGUGAACCAAUGGACACUGACGACAAGAACGCCGCAAAUGGUGUUGGCGGAAUGGGGAAUGCUGGGACUUCGGACUGUAAAAAUGAUGGAAAGACAUCAGCUGACGGUGAUACUAAAGUCAAGUCAGAAACAAAACCUGUAGUACCAGAACCACUAAUGCCUAAUGCUGGCGAUAAGAAAAAGAAAUGCGUAUUCAAUCCAGAGGAGCUAAAACAGGCACUGUUACCAACACUAGAUAAGUUGAUGCGUCAUGAACCAGAAUCAGCACCAUUCCGUUGUCCCGUAGAUCCUCAAAUACUUGGUAUACCAGAUUAUUUUGAUAUUGUGAAGAAACCCAUGGACUUGGGCACCAUUCGCAACAAUCUGAUGAAUGGCAAAUAUAAUGAUCCGUGGGAGUAUGUCGAUGAUGUGUGGCUAAUGUUUGAUAACGCUUGGCUAUAUAAUCGUAAAACUUCACGUGUUUAUCGAUACUGCACAAAGUUAUCUGAAGUAUUUGAGCAAGAAAUCGAUCCAGUAAUGCAAGCUCUUGGCUACUGCUGUGGUCGAAAAUAUACAUUCAAUCCUCAAGUGCUAUGUUGCUUUGGAAAGCAAUUGUGUACAAUACCACGGGACGCCAAGUAUUACAGUUACCAAAAUAGUCUAAAGGAUUAUGGUGUUGCCUCAAACAGAUACACCUUCUGCCAAAAAUGUUUCAACGACAUCCAAGGAGAUACUGUUACUCUCGGCGACGAUCCGCAACAGUCUCAAACGCAAAUUCGUAAAGAUCAGUUCAGAGAGAUGAAAAAUGAUCAUUUAGAGCUUGAGCCGUUUGUAGAUUGUCAGGAAUGUGGCCGCAAGCAACAUCAAAUUUGUGUUCUCUGGCUUGACACGAUUUGGCCAGGUGGUUUUGUAUGUGACAAUUGCUUGAAGAAGAAGAAUUCCAAAAGAAAGGAGAACAAGUUCAACGCGAAACGUUUGCCCACCACAAAACUUGGGAUAUAUAUAGAAACACGUGUGAAUAACUUCUUGAAAAAGAAAGAAGCUGGGGCUGGUGAGGUACACAUAAGGGUUGUAUCCUCCUCUGAUAAAUGUGUAGAGGUAAAACCGGGCAUGCGACGACGAUUCGUCGAUAAUGCAGAAAUGUCUUCAGAGUUUCCAUAUCGGGCGAAAGCUUUAUUUGCUUUUGAAGAGGUGGACGGAGUUGACGUUUGUUUCUUUGGCAUGCAUGUACAAGAAUAUGGUUCCGAAUGUCCACAACCCAAUACACGGCGUGUGUACAUUGCCUAUUUAGAUUCGGUACAUUUCUUUAAACCUCGCCAGUAUCGAACCGCAGUGUAUCAUGAGAUACUGCUGGGUUAUAUGGAUUAUGUGAAACAAUUAGGUUACACAAUGGCACAUAUUUGGGCAUGCCCACCUUCCGAGGGCGACGAUUAUAUAUUCCAUUGUCAUCCGACGGAUCAGAAAAUACCUAAACCAAAACGUUUGCAGGAAUGGUAUAAAAAGAUGUUAGACAAGGGUAUGAUUGAACGUACUAUACAGGAUUACAAAGAUAUAUUGAAACAAGCAAUGGAAGACAAAUUGACAUCAGCGGCAGAGUUACCUUACUUUGAAGGCGACUUCUGGCCGAAUGUACUGGAAGAAAGUAUCAAAGAGUUAGACCAAGAGGAAGAGGAGAAACGCAAACAGGCCGAAGCAGCAGAAGCUGCAGCAGCAGCCAAUAUAUUUUCAAUUGAAGACAAUGAAGUUAGUGGUGAUGGAAAGAAAAAGGGCCAGAAGAAAGCAAAGAAAUCCAAUAAAUCCAAAGCUGCGCAGCGUAAAAACAACAAGAAAACCAAUGAACAACAGACAGGCAAUGACCUCUCUGCCAAGAUCUAUGCCACAAUGGAGAAACACAAGGAGGUGUUCUUUGUGAUACGCCUGCAUUCGGCACAAUCAGCUGCAAGCUUAGCGCCUAUACAAGAUCCAGAUCCAUUAUUAGCAUGUGAUCUGAUGGAUGGACGAGAUGCGUUCCUAACACUGGCUAGAGACAAGCACUUUGAAUUUUCAUCACUUCGUCGUGCUCAAUUUUCUACGCUAUGCAUGCUGUACGAACUGCACAACCAAGGGCAAGACAAGUUCGUCUAUACAUGCAACAAUUGCAAAAGUGCGGUGGAAACACGAUACCACUGCACAGUUUGUGAUGACUUUGAUCUCUGCUCUGUGUGCAAGGAGAAAGUUGGCCAUCCACAUAAAAUGGAGAAACUUGGCUUGGACAUUGAUGAUGGCUCAUCACCAGCCGAUCUCAAACAAGCUAACCCUCAAGAGGCGCGGAAACAAUCCAUACAACGAUGCAUUCAGUCACUGGUACACGCAUGUCAGUGUCGUGACGCCAAUUGUCGUCUGCCUUCGUGUCAAAAGAUGAAACGUGUCGUUCAGCAUACAAAGAACUGCAAACGCAAAACUAAUGGUGGCUGUCCAAUUUGCAAACAAUUAAUUGCGCUUUGCUGCUACCAUGCCAAGCACUGCCAGGAACAGAAAUGCCCAGUUCCGUUCUGUCCAAAUAUUAAACACAAGCUCAAACAACAACAAUUACAACAAAAAUUACAACAGCAACAACUAUUACGCCGUCGUGUGGCUCUAAUGACUCGCACUGUGACUACACCAGCUGCUUUAACAGGUGGCCCAGUCGUUGGAGCUGGUCCAGUUGUAGUGCCUAGCGGGGUUGUUGGACCCGGUGGUGUUGGCGUCGGUGUUGGUGUUGGUGUGGGUGUCCCUAGUGUAAAUGUUGGUCAACCUAAUAUGCCUGGGCAACCAGCUUUAAUGGCAGCGAAUACUGCUGGUGGAAUGAGUCCAUCUACAGUGGCUGUACCCUCACCGGUAUCGGCCCAGAUGAGUGGAGGUAUGACUUCACCGCAUCCACAUCAACCUGGGAUUGGAAUGAAGCCAGGAGGUGGUCAUUCACCUUCACCCACGGUUUUGCAAGUAGUUAAACAGGUCCAAGAGGAAGCUGCGCGCCAACAAGGUGGACCCAUGCCGCCUCCAGUAAUUCCACGUCACAUAGGAGGAAUGCCUAAUCAGGGCAAUCCUGGUGGUAAUAUGAUUGGAAGCAAUGUGGGAAAUGUUGGCGUUGGUGUUGGCAAUGUUGGCGUUGGACAAAUGGGACCAGGUGGUGUAAAUACUGUUAUGGGUAAUAAUAUGCCAAUGGAUCAAUGGGGUGGCGGUAAUCGCUAUCAGGCAAAUGCGAAUCCAGGAAUGCGACAACCGAACCAAACCCAGGUGCAAAUGCAACAGAAUACAAUGCAGCCGAAUAUGAUGGGCAUGGUUGGAGCCGGGGGUUCGAAUCAAAUGCUUGGAGGGCCAGUUGGCAAUAUGGGAGGUAAUGCUGGUGGCACAGGCGUUGGAGGAAUGAACAGCCCUGGAGGUGGUAUGGGAGGCAUGGUCGCUGGCGGCCAGGUUGGUGGUCCCGGUGGUGGCAUUCGGCCGCAAGGUGGUCAGCAUAAUGCACCUGUUGACAGUGGUCAGGGGCUAAAUGAAGCUCAACUUGCGCUCAUUAUGCAGAAGAUUAAAAACAAUCCGUCGCAUGAUAACCAACAGAUAUUGCAAGUCCUGAAACGUAAUCCGCGGAUAAUGGCCGCCAUUAUUAAACAACGGCAACAGAGCCAACCGAAUGCUAGUGGAAGCGGUGGUGGCGGCCCAGCGGGUAAUGGACAACAACAACAGCAGCAACAACAACAAGUAAUGCAACAAAAUCAACAGUUGCAACACAUGAUGAGCCAACAGCAGCAAAUGUCUCAAGCGAAUCAGCAACAAGUCGUGAUGCAGCCUCAACAACAAGCAGGGCCACCACAUCAGCGUAUGCCAGGCAUGCAAAAUCCCAUGAUGAUGCAACAACAGCAGCAAGUGCCUAGCAAUAUGCAGCAACAAGGACCGAUGCCUAACGUGCAAUGGUUCAAAGCGCGCCAGAUGCCGAUGCCCAAUUACCCGCCUCCUUAUCCUCAGCGUCAACGCGCACCUCCUCAAAUGGGAGGUGGCGGCGGACAACAAUUUACCGGUGGCAAUUUUGGCCCAGGUGGACCAGGUGAUCAGUAUGCAGUUGCCGCUGCGGCUAUGCAACAAGGCCUGAAACCACCCACACCACAACAACAAAUGGGUGGUAUGCCAGGUGCUGUGACACAGCAGCAGCAACAACAACAGCAGCAAAUGAUACAAGCAGGUGGUGUGGUGGGAGGAUCCGGAGUUGGCAUGGUGGGCGGUCCUAAUGUAAUGGGCCCGCCUACGCCACACACGCUGCAACAGCAACUAAUGCAAUCAGCAGCGCGCUCUUCACCGCCUAUACGUUCACCACAACCUACAUCGUCACCACGUUCCGCGCCCUCGCCACGAGCUGGUGGACCAUCAGCUUCGCCACGCGCUCAACCAUCGCCACAUCAAGUAAUGAGUCAUUCACCAGCGCCAGGUCCACCACAUGAUGGUGGUCUACAUAAUCAUGUCGGUGGCAUGCAUGCGCCACAUCAAUCACCACUGCCAGGUGGUGUAUCACAGGACGUAGGCGUAGGCGGUGUGGUUGGUGGUGGAGUUGUCGGUGGUACCGGUCCUGGUCAAGCCGUUGCCGAUGCGUCUGAUCAAUUGACCAAAUUUGUGGAACAACUCUAGUGUAGCAAUUAACAGUUGCAGGCACCUACUAGCACGUUCAGCAACAAGAUGUAUCCACGUUAUUAUUGAGAUAAGCCGAAAUAGUGCAUCUGUACAGGUUAAUCAAUCAUAUCUUUAUUUUAAAUAUUUGGUUGAAUUGUUUUUUUUUUUUUUACUAUUUAUGUUUAUUUUUUGAGGCAUCACAAUUGAAGUUAUUAAUUUCAGUUUUCUUAUCUCUAAAAGUUAGGUUUAUAAUUUAUUUGUUUCUUUGAAUUAUAUGCAUAGUUAAGAAUAGUGUUUAGAACAUUCUGAAGGUAUGAUCAAACGUUCCAUCGCAUCAAGUUAUACCUUAUUGUCAUAAGCAUUUAAAGAGUAAUAAUAUGAUUUGCCGAAAGAUGCAUUAGAUGCAUGUAAGUAGGACUCAAAAUACACAUGAUCGAUCAAAAAUAAAGUAUGGUUUAGUUACUAUAAAAGAUAGGCGGUUACUAAAAUCCUCUUAAUUACAAAACCAUUAGUACAUACAUAGUAUAUUUAAAUACAUUUUUUGACAAUAUUUUCUUGCAAUGCUAAAAUCGUUUCCAAGAAAAAACGUAUAUUGGCAGUUGACCGACUAAGCCAAACUUCUCUGCACAUUCAUCUCUUAUAUGUUAUUUUGAAGGUAACUCCCAUUGUGUUCGGCCCUUUGUGCACAUUUAGAAAUACCUUGAAUUUAGGUUUUUUGUGUUUAUUUUUGAGUUUACUUGAUUUAUACUCAUCCCUCAAAUGCUGUUGAACGAAUACAUUACCACAUGCACACACUGAUAUAUUCUAUAUAUAGAAAGACUUUAAUGCAAUUUAAAUGGUUAAUAUACCAUAAAUCAUAUGUAGAUGUAUUAAAUCUAAUAUAAGACGAAAAAGUUUAUUUUUAUCACUUUGAGAAAUGUAAAAGAAUAAAAGAUAAAAUAAAAAUAUAAAAAAAUCUUGUAUAAAAUGAAGAAAUGAUAGCAAAACAAGUCAAAUAUUCAACACAAUACUAGAAAGUACAUGGAAACCUUGUAAAUAUGUAGUCUUUUAAGUAAAUAUUAUAUAUGUAUAGGUUUUAGUUACUUUUAAAGAAAAGAUACAAAUAUUUACCAAUGAAAAGAAGCAUAAGCAAGCUCUAAUUUGGUAACGUAAAUAAAAAAUUAACUGGUAGUAAUUUGUAUAUGUGCAAAUGUUUUCAAUAGCCACACAUUCAUUGAAAUGAACUAUUAAAAAGAUUUUAUAUAUUAAACGAUAAAUAACAUUUUGCAGAAUUAACAUACACUGAAAUCGAUUUGAAAAAUGUCCAUUAUUUUACUGAAAUUUGUUAAGAAAAUUUCCCACACAGCCUAUUGAUAAUUCAUAAAAAAAGAGCUAUUAACUUCCAAUGUCCACACUUGAAAUGAAUUACUUCUAGAACAUCGUCAUCGCUUGUUACCCUUUUUGUGUAGAUGUGUAUCAAUAUUUUAUAUGACAUUCAGAAACAAUAUUAAAUGUGCCUUUUCAGUAUUUGUACUUUUAUGGUAAUAUUAUUGCACAUUGUCGGCCACUUAAAUGCUAACUUUCAUGCAAAUUCAUAUUAUUAUUAUUUUUCAUUAAAGACAACCGUAGUUGACAAUGAAUUGCACCCUUAACACCCAACAUUAAGUAUGAAUCGUUCUUUAUAAUUUACAUUACCAGUGAAUUGUGUUUUUAUUAGAUUCAAAUUGAUAAAAUUCAAUAAAUAAUCAUUAUUUAAAAGAACGUAAAGAAUUCGUUACUUUAUAUAAUUAAAUUAAAAGGCGAAGAAAAUACAAAGUAACGUUUGAAAACUUACAAAUAACGUAAUUUAUACCAUACACAGUAUAACUUCAAAAUAAUUACAAUUGCAUCUGUGUCUCCGAACAUUUCUGCACAUUAACAAAGUUCAUUGUAUCGGCUGUUAUCGAACUACAUACAUCUCAUAUAAAUUUCUAUACUAUGACUUGAUAAAAAUAAAGUAUACACAGUAAUCUAGAUUCGUUCGCCUUACACUCAUUUAAAGCCGUCACAAAAUUCGCACCUGCACCUGCAGUAAAUAUUACACAAUUAACUAACUUUAUUA